CGCCGUGUGUAUCCGCCAUUCAUGCGAGUCGAUUUCGUUGUUUCUGUGUGUGCAGGCGCGAGCGAGCCAGGCAGCCAGCCAGCUAGGUGCGAGAGGUAAGAGUGAGGCAAGUGCCAUUUUGAGGAUCCGUAGGAAUGAUGCUAAUCAAAUAAUAGAGCGCGGAACAAAUUAAUCAGCUGGUAAUACAAUAAAUAUUGGACGAGUAACAUGGGGGCGUUUUUGGAUACUCCGAAGACAGACAAGUGCAAUGAGCACGGCACUGGCAACGGUUUGCAGUACGGCGUCGCCAGCAUGCAGGGCUGGCGAACGGAGAUGGAGGACGCUCACAGAGCCAUCCCCUGCCUGGAGGGCGGUCUCUCGGAUUGGAGCUACUUCGCGGUGUUUGACGGCCACGCGGGCGCGCUGGUGUCGGCGCACAGUGCGGAACACUUGUUAGAAUGUAUUAUGCAAACGCAGGAGUUUAAGGCCGAGGAUGUCAUCAAGGGGAUCCACUCCGGGUUCCUCAGACUCGACGACGAGAUGAGGGACUUGCCGGAGAUGAGCGCCGGCACGGACAAGUCCGGCUCCACGGCGGUGUGUGCAUUUAUAUCGCCGAAAAAUAUUUAUAUCGCCAAUUGCGGCGACUCCCGGGCGGUCCUCUGCCGAUCGGGGCUUCCGGUCUUCUCGACGCGGGACCACAAGCCCGUCCUGCCCGCCGAGAAGGAGAGAAUUCAGAACGCAGGCGGUAGCGUCAUGAUCCAAAGAGUCAACGGAUCUCUGGCGGUCUCCCGGGCAUUGGGCGAUUACGAGUACAAAAAUCUCAAAGAUCGAGGCCCCUGUGAGCAGUUAGUGUCGCCGGAACCGGAAAUAUUCGUGCUAGACAGGGACGAUGAACACGACGAGUUUCUAGUUUUAGCAUGUGAUGGCAUUUGGGAUGUAAUGAGCAACGAAGAUUUAUGUAAUUUUAUACAUUCAAGGCUGGAGCUUACUGAUGAUUUAGAAGCAGUUACCAAUCUGGUUGUAGACACUUGUCUUUAUAAGGGUAGCAGAGAUAAUAUGAGUAUAGUCCUGGUGACGUUUCCGGCCGCGCCGAAACCAAAUCCUACAGCACAGACGCAGGAGGCCAUGCUGGAAAUGACUAUUGCAAGGAGAAUUAAAGAAAUAAUCGCCGAAGAGCAGGACAAGAGUGAAUUUGACUACCUAAAGAUGCUUGAACUUCUUAGAGGAAGCGACCAAGAUUUUCCUUCCUUGCCUCCUGGUGGUGGUCUUCACGCUAAGCAAUCUUUUAUCGAGAGAACGUUUCGAGAAAUGUGUCCCAGCAAAGCGCAUUCUAAUUCACAGAGCAGUUAAUGUAUACAAUAUGUAUACGAUUUCAUACAUGCGAAAUUGCGAUAGACUGACCAGGCCAAAAGUGGUGAAAAUGAGAUAUCUAUCAUCAUAGUGGAGUACUCUACAUGAGCAGAGACUGUGCAGAGUGGUAAUUACAUAAUGUCAGUUUUUUUCAAAGUUGUUACACUUACGCGUGGUAAAAGAAACAUAAUGUAUAAAGCAUUUCCUUUUGAGCUAAGAGGAAAAUGGAGAAAGAUUGGGAAAAUUACUUUAAUAUAUCUAUCUCAGACAUACACCUUUACUCCUUUUAUACAUGAAAUUAUACACAAAAUAUCUUCACGAUAUGUAUUUAGUUGUAAUAAAAUUUGAUCAGCCUUAACAAAGAUAAUCGUAAUUUUGAAGUAAGAUUAUACAUAAGUAUCUGAUAUGUAAAAAUAUUAAAUUAUUGUAGGGAUAUUUUUGGUAAACACAAUAUAUAUUAUGUAACUGUAGAAAUUGAUGUAUUCUUCACUUGAUAUUGCUGUAUAAUUAUAUGCAUAGCAGGCCUCAAAGUAUAGGUAACUUUUUAUAGUAUAUUUGAUUGUUUUGCACUUCUUAAGCAAUUAAGCAAUUUUAUUCGAUCAUAAAUAAAAUAAACUCUGCUUUUUAUAUAAAAAUAGAAA